UGACUUACCGAGAAGCCUUCCAUUAGUUCGAGUAUUGAUUUGAUACACCAUAUUUAAUACGUCCGAACAUCGUUUCUGAAAUCUGAUUCCCAAGCAAAAUCAGCAAUGGCAUCCACAAAGCUCUGGCAUGUCAUCUCCUUCUAUAUCUCAACCGCCCUCGCCAUCUUCCGCAACCUACUUCUUUACACCCUCAACUUAAACCAGUCUCCUUUCCUGACCAAAUUCAUGGACACGAUCUUAUCUCUUUAUUUUCGUUUUUGUGAUCUGUCUCCCUGCGCCAUUGAUUUGGAUGACCAAACCACCGUCCAUUUCUGGGUCGCCAAUCACCGGCGUUUUAACAAGCCAUCUCUUGUCAUGGUCCAUGGCUACGGAGGCAAUUCACUCUGGCAGUUUCUUCAUCAAAUUGGUCCUCUGUCUAGAAAAUUCAAUGCAUAUGUCCCGGAUUUGUUGUUCUUCGGAAAAUCUCACUCGAAAAGCCUGGACAGGUCUGAUUUGUUCCAGGCUAAGUGCUUGGCAGAUGCGUUGAAGAGGCUUGGAGUUGACAGGUUCUCUGUUUAUGCAAUUAGUUAUGGAGGAUUCGUUGCGUAUCGGAUCGCUGAGAUGUACCCUGAUGCGGUGGAGAAGGUCGUGAUCAUGAGCAGUGGAAUACUGUAUACUGAUGAUCAGAGGGCAGAGCAGUUGAGGAGAAUUGGAAGGCAUCCCUCUGAGAUUCUUGUUCCCAAGAACCCGGAUGAUUUAAGGUUACUCGUGAAUCUGUCAAUGUACAAGCAGAAUUCUCUCCACUGGCUUCCUGAUUUUUUACUUCGCGAGUUCGUAACUAUGAUGUAUGAUCAUUGUCGGAAGGAGAAGAUUGAGCUUGCAGAGCACUUAGUGGAGAAGAAAGCAGAUACCAACCUUCCUGUUCUAACUCAGGAAACACUUAUAAUUUGGGGGGAUCAGGAUAAGGUUUUCCCAUUAGAACUUGCACAUCAGUUGCAAAGGCACUUGGGUUCAAAAUCAAGGUUGGAGAUUAUCAAGGACACAGGGCAUGCUGCUAAUAUGGAGUCGCCUGAUGAGGUUAAUAAGUUGGUUAUAUCGUUUGUUUCAGGUUGCUCCUAGCAGGAUCAAAUGAAUACGAUAAGAUUGUACUUCAAACAUAUUAUAUCAGUGACAGUAUCCUUUUUCUCUUUUUAA